AGAUUGAUUCCAGCAAAGCUCCGGUAGAUGCGUCUACUGUGGUCGGGUUCUCUCAAGCUAAUUCGGUGUAGCAUCUACAAUAGUAUAUCUGUUAUCAUUACGUAAUGUUAGCUCUUGUUUUGAAGCCAUAAUUCUGAAACUCUGAGGCUACUUCCGGUUAUCUCCAGCUAGCAUCAGAAACAUCACGAUGGCAGCUGAGUCCGAGGUUCAGUCUGAGAUUGAGGUGCUGCAGUCCAUCUACCUGGAGGAGCUGCAGGUGGACAGGAGAGAGGACGGGGGCUGGCAGGUGAGUCUGGUUCUGUAUCCAUCCACUGCUGAGGACUCCGUCUCCCAGUUUGUCCGACUCACUCUGACUCUGACCCUCGACCUGCAGUAUCCCUCGUCAUCUCCGCUCAUCUCCAUCCAUAACCCACGCGGGCUCUCCGACGAUAAACUCAGCAGCGUCCAGAAGUGUCUCCAGUCGGAGGCUGAAUCUUGGAUCGGCUCUCCAGUUCUGUAUCAACUCAUCGAGAAAGCUAAAGAAAUCCUGACUGAAAGCAAUAUUCCUCAUGGGAACUGUGUCAUAUGCCUUUAUGGUUUCAAGGAGGGAGAGACCUUCACCAAGACGAGCUGCUACCACUACUUCCACUCCCACUGCCUCGGCCGCUACGUGGUCCACUCAGAGCGGGAGCUGCGGCAGAGGGAGAAGGAGCUGGAGGAGGAUAAAACCAGAGAUGGAAGCAGCGUUCAGGAGCUGACGGUGGUGUGUCCGGUCUGCAGAGAGCCUCUCAUGUAUGACAGAAACCAGCUUCUGAAAUCUCCUGCACCGGAGCUGCCUGAGCUCGAUCAGGCGGCGAUCGGCUCCGACUUUCAGAGGAAGUGGGGUCAGCUCCAGAAGAUUCUGGAGAAGCAGAGGUGCAACGGCGGGAUCAUCAACCCGGAGGAGGAAUCCAACCGAUUCCUGAUCCACAUCCAGGAGGCGCCUCCAGUGGCUGAAAACAUAAACCCGGAGGUCGAUGCCUCCCCCGCGCCCCCGGUUUCCUCUUCCUCUGAUGAAGCCGGCGUCCGAUCGGAGCGGUUUGUUCCCGGACUGUCCCAGCUCCCAGGCUUCCAGGCCCAGAGGCACCAGAACCAGGCCAGAGGGCCGAGAAGAGGAGGAAGACCCAAACCCCAUCCUGGGCAGGGGCCCCCCAUCACAGAGCACCUGGAUCGUCUUGCUCUGUCAGACUGCACCGACCAAUCACAGAUGAUCCUGGGAGACGGUGGCCAACAGAUGCAAUCCCGGACCGGGUCGGGGGAAGAACCAGAGAAACGGGUUCCUCCGACUGAUUUGGACUCUGAGGGCCCAAAAGAUGGAGCCAGGGGUCACCGAGGGAGAAGAAGGGGCCCCUACCGGCCUACCCCACACUACACCGGGGCUCCUGGGCCCCCGCAGCAGCACCGGGACAGCCGGCCCAGAAGUCGAGGCGGCGGCGGGCCCCGGCGCGGCCAUUACGGCCGGGGCCUCCAGCACAAGGUGGUGGAGCGGGGAAGAGAGGAGGUGGUAUGACAAAGGGCGACCGGAGGGUGGAGGAAUGCCAGAACGCGAGCCUCCAUCAUCAGAUUAAAACGCUGCGACAGAAGGGACUCUGGACGCCGCCUCCUGUCCAACCGUCUCCAACGCACUUUCGUCUUCGCUCCAGUUGUGUCCAGCUGGUCGCUGCUUUGUGAUGUGAUGCCAAACGGCUUAAAGAACUAUAAAUUAAAUCUAUUCUGGAUGUCAGUUUGGUGCAGUAGUCUCUUUCUAUUGGUUCAGUGUAUUCAAUUUAAAAGUAGUGUUUUUGAAAAAUAUAUAAAGCUAUUAUGGU